AUCAGAAGCGAUUCCGUUUUCUUCGGGUAAAGAUGGAGAUUGAAGAGAGGACUUUGGAUUCGCCGUGGUGGAAUAGUCAAAUUCGUCUGGGGAACUCUGAAUGGCUUGCAGAAAAUGUUGAUGGUCUUGAUCAGAGUAUCAAAGAAAUGCUACUUUUGAUUGAAAGUGGAGAUUUUCCUGUGGAGAAUGUUGAUGGUAAUCAUUCAAAGCAGUCUGAGUUAGUUGCUUGCGUCAAGGAAAUCUCCCAGAGGCACCAUUUGCUCGCUGACCACUACAAUAAGUUAACAGGAGAAUUGAGUAGGUAUAUCCAAUCAACAAAUGAAACAAAGAAUUAUGAGAAAACCACUCUUGGUCCUCAACCUCCUUUCGUAACUCCAGAGAAGAAGCUGAAUGUUGAAGGUCAAGUAGUUGGUUCUGAUUUCUCUCUAAGUUCUGGUGGUGGAAUUUCAGAUGCAACUCCAAAUGAAGGCUCUGAAUCUUCAUCAUUGUCAUCAGAUUCCGAUUCAGAGGCUUACUUCUCAUCCCGUAAUGAGCAUUCAAGCUCACGGCCUUCUGCCAAGAUGUUGAAGCAUGACAAUAUAAAUCUGGAAACAGAGAUGGAAGGUGUGGCUGCCCUGACUGAUCAAGAGCACAGCUGCGGAGAUUAUGAAAUGCUACUCAGACAAAUCACAAACUAUGAAAAAGAAUUGAAGGUUUCCAAGGAAAAAUUUAAGUUUGCAGAAGAAGAAAUUGCCAAAUUGAAGAGUGAAUUACAAAAUAAUGAAGCAGUCACCACCAAAAUGGUUAGUCUGGAGGCCCAGCUUGUCUCAGAAAAGAAUCAGAUUAAGUUGCAUGAAGCUGAAAUUGAAAAGGAGAACAAAAAAUCUUUGAUGCUCCACAGGCAAGUAGUUGAUUUGGAAGCCAAACUUGAGUCGGAGAAAAGGCAAGUUCAGGAGUUACAGGAGAGUGUAAUAAAGUACACAGCAAAGUUAUCGGAUUCUGAUCUUGAGAUACGGAAACUGAAUGCUGAACUACAAGAUGCUUCAGGAAAUUUCGCUCUGGAGAAAUGGCAGCUAGAAUCCUCUGUUUCCAAGUUGUCAGAAAGGCUGGCUUUGCAUGAGGCAGUAACCAAAGAAAUGCAGAUGCAAUAUGAAUUCUUAGCUGGUCAGAUGAAGAAAUGCGAAGCUGAGAAACUUGAGAUGGAAAAAAACCAAUUAGCUUUAAAAAUCAGUUUGCAAGUUGAUAUUGAAAAUCUGCACGUAGAGCUUUUCAAGAAAGAAUUACUAGUGGAUACUUUGAAUAAAGAUAUUGAUGGGCUGAAGCUGAAGUAUGACACGCUAAUGGCCGAGAAAGAUGGACUCAACUCCAAGUUACAGACACUCACUGCUGAUCUAAGUGUUUGCGACAAUCAAAUUCAACAUUUGGAGCACAAUCUGCACGAGCUACAUUCUGAAAACAAGCGGCUAAGUGAAGGGUCCGAUCGUGCAAACAAGCUAACAGCUGAACUGAAGUCCAAGAUCGAUGAGCUACAGAAAGAGGUGGAAAUCAAGGCAGCCAUGAUUUCUGAAACGGCUGAGGAAAAACGAGAAGCUAUACGGCAGCUGUGUUUUUCAGUUGACCACUACAAAAGUGCAUAUGCAGAACUACGACAUGCAUGUGUUAUACGCAAACGUCCCACAGCUGCGGUCUUGUAGAUCUGGUAAUCCUUAUAUAUAUGCCUUAAUGUGUAUUUGUUUAGACAUCCCUUUACGUCUAGUUUCGCUAUAUCCAAUGUUUUAUGUGAACUUGCAGCAUCUUGAAUCGCAAUGCUGCUAUUUGCUUCCAUGUUAUUUGUGUUAUGGUAUUAUAUAAUAGCAAUGGGGAAAAUGUUAUAUUA